UAUGGUGAAUAUCGCUAUCGAAUGACAACAACAGAAUUCAACGACAUUGUCAGGCGUAAAAUAAACCAACUUGUUCUUCUAGCUAAGGAUUCUACAGUCGUUAGGGAAAUUAAGAGCCAGUGUCGCCAGAGAGCCCAAAAGAGUCGAGAAAAACGUAAAUCUGAGAGUACCAAUCCUACACAAACUGCUAAAAAAUCAAAAACAACUUCAGAUAAAAUGACGACUGAAACAGACGAGCUGCUUAAAGAAGUUGAGGAUGUAUUGAAAUCUCAUAAAUCCAUUAUUAAAGAAGGGUCAGGUGAGAGUAGCGACGAACCAUCUUCUAGUAAAUUGAAUACACCGGAAAAAAUAGAAGAGGUCACGAGUAACUGUGAGGAUACUAAACAAUUGAGUUUUGAGCCCAAUAAAUCGGAAGGAGCUUCAAGUGCCGAAAAACUUCAUCAAGAAAGUACUGACAACAACAUUUAAGUACCCAGCUCUGAUGCGAUUAAAGAGAAUAAAGUUCAGCAAAAUAGAUCAGAAGAAUCAACUAGCACUUUUUUACAACAAAAUUGCAAUAGUUACACGGAGAGAAAAAAAUAGUUAUAAUUCCUAUGUAGAAUGGUAACCAUUACUAUGUUACAUAGAAACGAGGAUUUUUUAACGUCGAGAGUCACCGGGCAGAGUAAUCCCCCCCCCAUUCUACAUAGUAACGGUGGCUAUGCUAGCAUAGAAGUGAUUACUAUUCUACAUUGACGAGAGAACUAUGUAAAUGGA